AUGGCGGCAUGCACAGCUACAGCUUCAACUGCUGUUCUUCUACCCUCCAAUCCCAAUUCAAAGGCCUACAUUUCCCCCAAAUCCAUUUCCAUUCCCUCUUCAUUCCCAGGACUCCGCAACCCACUUGUUUCUCAUGCCCCUGCCUCCCUCUUCUCUCGCCCUUCUCAUAACACACGAUGCAGUUGCGCUGUGCGAGCUCUGUGUGAACUGCCACUUGUUGGAAAUCAAGCUCCAGACUUCGAGGCAGAGGCUGUUUUUGACCAGGAAUUUAUCAAGGUUAAACUUUCCGAGUAUAUAGGGAAAAAAUAUGUUAUUCUAUUUUUUUACCCACUGGACUUCACGUUUGUUUGUCCCACAGAAAUCACUGCUUUCAGUGACCGUUAUGAAGAAUUUCAGAAAUUGAACACAGAAAUAUUGGGUGUCUCGAUAGACAGUGUGUUUUCCCACCUUGCAUGGGUCCAAACAGACAGAAAAUCUGGGGGUUUGGGUGAUUUGAACUAUCCAUUAGUUUCUGAUGUGACCAAAUCAAUUUCUAAGUUAUAUAAUGUGCUGAUUCCAGAUCAGGGAAUUGCACUAAGAGGACUUUUUAUCAUUGACAAGGAGGGAGUUAUCCAACACUCCACCAUCAACAAUCUUGCCAUUGGCAGAAGUGUCGAUGAAACAUUGAGAACGCUCCAGGCAUUGCAAUAUGUUCAGGAGAACCCAGAUGAAGUAUGCCCGGCUGGAUGGAAACCUGGGGACAAGUCUAUGAAACCAGACCCCAAACUCAGCAAGGAUUACUUUGCUCAAAUAUAA